AUGAACCGAUUACCAACCACUUCGCAACGCGUGGUUAAACCAGGGGUCAAGAAAAGACGUCCCCCACUGGCCUGCAUCCAGUGCUAUCAACGGAAGCUCAAGUGCGGCAGAGAGCUCCCAUCUUGCAGUCGCUGCUCAAAGGCCGGAAAUGCCGACGAAUGUACUUACCGCGGAUCACCUUCGGCAGUGGAGGGCUUGUUCGAUAGCCGUUCGGGAGUACCUCGCGACACGACGUUUGCCAGUGUGCCUGUCUCGUUUACAGAAACGUUUGACAGGCAGUUGAGUUCCUUCGAUCAGAAAGUGGAUAUGACACACAUGGAAGGUCAAGGGAAUUCCACCAAGUUCUACGGGUAUAGCUAUCCCCUGAACCUUUACCAACGGUUUACCGAGCUCCAACCAUACAUCGUUAAAAUCAAGACCCAGUAUCCUUCCAUCAAUACCCUUCGCGAUGAGAUUUACGCUCCAUUUAACGACAAACAACGGGGUCGUCCACCAUGGCCUGACGCUGGGGUUGAGGAUACUUUAAGACAGUUGAUCCCCACAAAGUCAAUCAUGGACGUACUGGUUCAAACUUAUAUUGAUAGAUAUGAGAUAAUACAUCGAGUGCUGCAUAUACCAACAUUCAUCACCAACUAUAACGGUCAUUGGACUGAUCGCCUCAGCACUCCGGUUUCCUUUCUCGCACAAAUGCUUUCAGUGGCCGCUACUGCUGCAAGUUGUCAUCCUGAAGUAUGCAUCGACAUAUACGGCCAGAAAACCACUCAUGAUCACGUUGUUGGAUGGCUUGAAGCAGCGGAGGUAUGGCUUAACUCCCCCAUGAAUCAGCCUCCUCGCUCCUGGGACAUCUUGGCGAGCCAUUGUCUCCUGCUCAUUGCUAAGCGUGCAAACUUUAUUAACGAGGGUAACUUCUGGACUUCGACUGGUGCAUUAGUCCGAUGGGCUAUGGCAGCAGGAUAUCACCGUGAAGUUGUCUCCGCAGUCAGAAUGCCGCCAUUUUGUCAGGAGAUGCGUCGGCGCUUGUGGGCGACAAUUGUUGAACUCGACCUCCAGGCAUCAGUAGAGCGCGGAAUGCCUCCAAGUGUCCGAAUAGAGGAUUUCAACAUCAUACCACCACUUAAUGUCGACGACGAAAAGCUUCAAGAGUCUAUGCAAGACUCUGAAACCGGUCUGCCAGUUACUACGCUGACAAACACUUCUUUCCAAGCACUUCUUUACCGCUCUUUGACUGUGAGACUGAAGAUAUGUGCUUUCAUCAAUGGAUGUUGCCAAGAGGCCGAUUUCGACAAGCUCUUAGAACUCGAGGAGCAGCUAGGACAGGCACUUCGAGAUAUCCCGGCAUGGGACAACCCCCAGGCUGAUCCACGCCAGCAUCAGAAGGCGGCAUGCAUAAAGAGCAUGCUAGGCAUCAUUCUGAAUCAGUAUAUCCUUUUACUGCAUUUCAAGUUCCUCCUUCAAACUACUUCCUCAUCCAAGUCUCUUAUCUGUCGACGCGUCAGGUUGGAGGCAUCCAUGAAAAUCCUCGACUACUACCAACGACUUCUAAACGACGAGACAUUACCAGAACAAGCUUGCAGGACGGGCUUAGUACUUUCUGCAUUGAAUAUCUGCCAUGAAAUCUGCCUGAAUUUUGGAUCACACGCUUGCGAUCAGUCCACGAUAACAACCUUUCCCGAGAUUUCAACCUUCAUAAUUGCCAAUGUUGAGAAAGUCUUGCAUAUUCUUGAAAAGCGAAUUUCGCUCACAUUCAACGGUUUAAACGAAUAUUAUAUCCUCAGUAUGACAACACGUCAGGCGGCCAUUCGACAAGAGCAGUCAUUCCCAGAGUCUUGUGAUGACGAUGAACCACGUAGGAAUCAGCUAUCAAUAGAUACGAAUUAUAUGGGUUCUGAUAUCGUUGCCGAUCUUAUAAGCUCAAUGCUUCCACAAGACUUGGAGUUCAUUAACGACAAUCUUGAUCUUACCUUCUUCCAUUCAUAG